GCGCAAUCCACCGGAGACUGCUGGGGCUAAAGGGGUCAACCAGGCCACGGCGGGCAACCACCAACACAGGACAAGGUUGGAUGUCACCUGCUCUUGGCAGAGGCACCUCUGGAGCAUGUAGAUGUCGCUGUUUCCGAAGAAGCUGGAGCGGCUGACCACACUGUGCAACUGGAAAUUAGUGCUGGGGCAGUAUGGCUUACAAAACGACAUCAGUGCCUUGUGUCUUCAGAUGCCUGUGCUUCAUGCUUCUUUAUCGGCUUAGUGCAGCACAGGAUGAAGACCUAAGAAGUUGUAGGACCGCACCAGGUGAUUUGGUAUUUAUUGUCGAUGGUUCUUGGAGUGUUGAAGAUGUAAACUUUGAAAUAGUAAAACGCUGGCUUGUCAACAUCACCAAAAGCUUUAAAAUUGGACAGAAAUUUACCCAAGUUGGUGUUGUCCAGUACACGGACGAUCCCGUUUUAGAAAUACCUCUGGGGAAGUAUUCUACAAAUGAAGAUCUCAUCAGAGCAAUGGAGUCCAUCGAGUACAUGGGAGGUAACACAAGGACUGGCACAGCCAUUGAGUUUGCCGUAGAAAAACUGUUUGGCCUCUCUGAGCGUGGCCCGAAUGGCGUGUCCCGAAUUGCUGUUGUGCUCACCGAUGGGAAGUCUCAAGAUGAGGUUUCGAAGGCAGCGGAAACCGCAAGAAAAAAAGGAGUCAAUUUAUUUGCGAUUGGUGUGGGAUCAGAGACAGAGGAGGGACAGUUGAGAGCCAUCGCUAACAAGCCGUUUUCAACUUACGUCUUCUCUGUUGAGGACUACAAAGGUAUUUCUAGGAUCGUACAAGUCAUACGGCAGAAACUGUGUGAAGAGACUGUUUGUCCUGCGAGAAUACCAAUUGAUUCCCGAGAUGAGAAAGGAUUUGAUAUCCUUUUCCAUUUAAAUUUUGCCAAAAAAGCAAAGAAGACAAAAGGAACAUAUCAUGGCACCAAGGCCUAUGAGGUGUCAUCACGAAUUGACUUGAGUGAAGCCACAAGGACGCUUUUCCCUGAUGGCCUCCCACCAUCGUAUGUAUUCGUUGCCACUCUGAGGUACAAAGGAUCAGUGGCAUUGGAGGAGUGGGACCUGUGGAGGGUCCAGACGCGUGACGGGAGACCUCAAAUGGCAGUGACCCUAAAUGGACUUGAUGGCACCGUCCGGUUCACCACAACCAGUCACUCACUAAGUGGAACGCAAACUGCCUCAUUUUCACGGCACACCGCGAUGAAACUGUUCGAUGAGAAAUGGCACCAACUGCGACUUCUGGUCACGGAGGAGGACGUCACUCUUUAUGUUGACGACCUGGAAAUGGAAACACUGACUUUGGAGCCUCCUGUUGGCAUUUUCAUCAAUGGAAAAACGCAAGUUGGAAAAUACGUCAGUAAAGAAACAACAGCACCAUUUGAAAUUCAGAAGCUGCGGAUCUACUGUGACCCUGAGCAGAACAACCGCGAGACAGCAUGCGAAAUACCAGGAGUGUGUUCCAACAGUCCAGAUUAUGCUGAGCCAACUCAAGAACCUUGUGUUUGUCCUCCGGGGCCUCCAGGACUUCCAGGCAUGAAGGGUGAGCCAGGAAACGUUGGCAAAUCAGGUCAACCUGGACGUGUUGGUGCUGAUGGUAAGCCUGGGGUGGCUGGCAUUAGAGGAAGCCAAGGGUUUCCUGGUGCUCCAGGAAUAAAGGGUCAACGUGGAGCCGAUGGGGUGAAAGGGGAACAGGGGAUGCCCGGUGUUUCGGGUGUGAGGGGUGUGCCUGGAUUAACAGGACGACCUGGACAACCCGGAGACAAAGGACCAGUUGGAUCACCCGGACGACCAGGGGUGGCAGGUGAAGCUGGCCAAACGGGACAAAAGGGAAGUAUCGGACUUCCCGGGCCUCCUGGUUAUCAAGGACCACCUGGUGAAACUGGGAGAAAUGGAAAGGAUGGAGUUCCUGGGUCACCUGGUCAAAAGGGUGAAAGAGGGGCCAAUGGCAUCCCUGGUACUGAUGGAAGGUCAGGCCAUACAGGUAUGCCCGGUUUACCUGGGAUAGGAGGUCUCAAUGGGCAAAAAGGAGAGCCUGGUUUUCCCGGAUCAAGAGGCCCGCAGGGAUCAGAUGGAUCACCUGGGGAGAUGGGUCCAACCGGUUCACCGGGUUUAAACGGAAAAACCGGGCCAAAGGGCAAUAAGGGUGAAAACGGAAGUCCAGGUAAACAAGGGAUGCCAGGUCCUAUGGGCAGACCAGGUGAUCCAGGUCUAGCAGGUCAGCCAGGACACCCAGCUGCGCCGGGCCACAAGGGAAGCAAGGGAGAAAGGGGACAUGCGGGUGAAAAAGGAGAUAUGGGAAUGAAAGGUGAAAUGGGAGCAGAUGGAAAAUCUGGAAAUCACGGAUCGCCAGGUGUGAGGGGACUAAAAGGAGAGAAAGGGACAACAGGAGAUCCGGGUCAGAGAGGCCAAGAAGGUCAAAUGGGCCGACCUGGACAGCCAGGUCAGGCAGGCCAAACGGGGCCCCGAGGUCUUCAGGGGGGCCCAGGUCCUGCCGGACAACCCGGCCCACCAGGAAGAUCUGCGGGCGAAAUUUCAGAUCUGCACAUUCGACAAGUUUGCAGAGAAAUUCUUCAAUCUGAACUGCCGUCAAUGUUGCUGAGCCACCAGUCGAGCAACUGUGUCAGGUGCCACAGUCUUCCUGGAACACCUGGUCUCCCGGGUCUCACAGGGCCCCAGGGCCUAAGGGGACUUCCCGGAUUAUCCGGUGCCAGGGGGCAGCCAGGCUACCGUGGUCGCCCAGGGAUACCCGGUAUUAAUGGGAUGAAAGGAGAACCUGGGAUUACGGGGGAAAAGGGAAGCCCAGGCCAUACCAUACAUGGGGACCAAGGACCACCGGGGCCUCCAGGUCCUGUCGGUCCUCAGGGUUAUGGCAAACCGGGUACUUCAGGUCAGCCUGGACCACCUGGACUAAAUGGAGCAGAGGGUAAAAGCGGUAAUCCUGGCACACCUGGCCAGCCUGGGGUGUGUGACCCAUCCUUAUGCUACGGUAGCACGAUGAGGCGGUCCUACUUCAGCAAAGGACCAAACUAUUGACAAAGUCCGCUAGUGCUAAACUGGUGUGAAGCAAACAGUCAUUCUCAGGAAGAGCUCAUCCUUACAGUUGUCCUCGGACACAGUAACUCAUGAACAUUUUCAUAUCUACAGUGGAUGUAAAAAGCCUACAAACAAUUGUUAAAAUGACGGUUUUGUGAGAGGAUCUUUUUCAAAACGAUCUGUCAGGAUAAGGGUACAAAAGAAUUUCCCAGGCUCUUCGUAUACCAUGGAACACGAUGAAGGCAGUCGCCGUCAAGUGAAGACAAUAUGGAACAACAAUGACAUUACUGGUACACAGAGUAUUUGAUGGUCCUUCAACAUUUAUUAAAAAAAACCAAACAAAACAAAAAGACUAAAGAUAACUUUUGGAAUAUCAACUGCAGGUGUGUGAAUUUCAAGUACAGGGUUUGUCCUCCAUGGCACACAUGACAAAAAUCUCCCGUAUUCAUCAUUGUAAAAACAGCCAAUCCCAUCAAAACUUUACAAAAAGAUGCGCAGAGUCUCAAAGAACACACAGGAAAAUGUUUUUAUUGCUUGAAAAACCCAAGGUUGACCUUUUUGACCGAGCCAUAAUUCCAUGUUGUUUGGCUCAGAAACAAAUGCUACACAUCACCCCCAAAAAAUGUACAAAAGAAAAAACAAAUCAACAAACAAAAAAAUAACAGCACACAUAGCAGUGAAACUUGGUUGUGGCAAUACACUAUUAUGCUUUUGAACAAUUGUUUUUCAUCUGAAACUGGGAUAUUUGUCACUGUGGAGGGAAUUAUUAAUAGUUCAUAAUAGUAGAAAAUGCCCCCGGGUUUAUGAUAGAAGAUGAAUAAAACCAAAUAAUAACAAUAACGUAACAAAUAUUUUACCGGAAGAAAAUUUACAUUGUGAACUGGCCCUGCAAGACUCCAAAACGAAAUCUAUUUGAGAGUUGUCUGUGGAAUUCAGAGAUGCUCCUCACAAUGAAACACUUGAUGAUCACCAUCCCCCCCCAAAAAAACUGAAGGAUGUAAUCAACUGAAAAGGUGGAAAUAUUACUGCACAUUUCUGCAAAAAAUAAACGCAUACCGAAUUCAACCUUCCCCCAAAAUAAUUGUAAUUUUCCAGUUGACCUGUACAGCUUAUUAUUUAAAAGAAUGUUUUCAAAUGAGGUAGCUUAGUACAUUCAAAUGUAAACUGCUAUUUUAACAGGGGUGUGUAGACUUUUUUUUUUCCAUCGGUUGUACAGUAUGUGAUCUCUGACAGUCAGCAGGGUGAGAUUUUUAUCACACAUUUCCACUAGAAUCUGCCUAUUUUUGUUAUUCUUGAGUCAUUUCCCUGAAGUUUGAACCGUUAUAGAAAAAAAGCAACUAAUACUUUUCAACAUUUUAUUUCUGCUUUAAUUUCGCUUGGAACUUGUGUCCUUGCUGAGGGACACGUUUUAAAGCAUUUGAGGAGCGAUGAUAAAAAUGUUCAAAGUCAAAAAACACUACCAACAGCCAUGUACUGUAUGUACAGUACGUCCUGUACAAUGAGCGAAACAAAUAAAACACGGUAUUGGCUGCCUGUAGCUAAAUAUUUGGUGGCAUUAUAUAGUUUAACUCUAAAUUAACUUUCUGUAUAAUAACCGUGUUGUUACACAAUCAGCAGUAAUAAUGGCAAUAUGGGCUUUUUGAUAUUCAUUGGGCCCUUCAUUACUGUAGCGAAUCUUUUUCUUAUUUAUAUUUCCCAGUCAUAGCUGUGGAUUUUUAGC